AUGGUAUCAGCAAAUCCAUUAUCCAAACGAGAUGACAAAUCUCAACCAUCUUCUAUCAAAACAGAAGCAGAUGCCAUGUUCUAUCUCAAAAAAUAUGGUUAUGAUACAUGUGAAAAUGAAGCUAAAAAAUUACCUAUGCAUUUUCGUACGAAUAAUUGUCAGAUCAAUAUAAGAUCAAUGUUAAAAGCCUUUCAAACUACAUAUCAGUUACAACCCACUGGAAUAGUUGAUGAAGAUACGUUGAUGAUCAUGAAUUUCGAACGAUGUUGCUUGAAAGACAACUUUAAUCAUUCAAAGUUUGGAAAACUAGGGGAGAAAGACAUUGUCACUUGGGCAUUAAAUCAUACACACAUUCCAGAAUUAGGUAUAGUUAGAGCUCGUAAACAAAUUCGUGAUGCAUUUUAUGAUUGGACCAAACUUACGUCAAUAAAGUUUUAUGAAGUAACACAAGAUGAAAAGGCAGAUAUUCAUUUGGCAUUCGUCGAGAAAAUGAAUGAUCCACUUUUGAGUGGACCUGAUACAUGUUAUGGUGCAACUCUUCCUUCGUCUCCAGUAGAAAUACAUUUUGACUUAAGAGAAAAGUGGAUUGAUUAUGAUAGUUUUAGUGGUAUUAAACUUCGUACGGCUGCUGUUCAUCUGAUUGGUCAUGCUCUUGGCUUUGAACAUAUCUUCGAUAAAGUAUUACCGAUGUAUACACUAUAUCAAAUCAAUGACACAUCGAGUGAAUCAGAUAUUGAAGCAUCAAGUGAAUCGAAUGUUGCAACAUCGAGUGCAUCAAAUAUUGAAACAUCAAGUGAAUCAAUUUUUGAAACGACGACGACAGUAUUAAGCUCAACUACUACUUUGGAAAUGACAAAAAUGGACACUUUUGUAGUAGAAAAAGGUAUAAUUCAACUUGGCUUUCUUCAUGGUGGAGUUCUUACUACACCAUUUGAUGACUCACAAGAUCUGAACCUUUCAAUGAUGACACCUUGUCUUGGUGUAGAAGUAUUUUGGUAUCCAGAUUAUCUCUUUGCUAUUCGAUUUAUCUAUGGCGAUGAGAAUUCAUUUAUUCCAAAAAUUUAUCAUGGCGAUCCAAGCGAACGUACUCCACCGUUAUUAUCUGAAAAGUAUCUUAUGGAAAAUGGUGAAAGAAUUAACAAGAUCACUUGGUAUGCAGGAACACGUAAUUGGCAGUCCGAUGAUAAAUUCAUUCGUUUCAUAACGGGUAUUCAAUUCUUUACAACUGCUGGACGAGUAAGCCCUCUUUAUGGUUCCAACAAAGACGAUGCACAUACGGAGUCGUUUGAUUAUUAUACACUUGCCUUUGCAAAAGGUGGUUCAAUAAUGCUCAUCGAUGAACUUCAAUUUGCUUGGAAGAAUCAAGAAAUAUUGAAAAUUGAUCUGGGAAAACGUUUUACUGCAUUCUGUGAUCAGUCGAGCGCAUUCUCGACAUUGACAAUUCUCUCGGCCAUAUAUCAAUCGAAAUCCGUUCCACGCUCGUGUUCAGAAGAAGUAACUAAAACUGUACGAGAUCAAUGCAAAACAGGAAAAACUUGUACAUUUAUGGUUACCAAUGAAAUUUUAGUUGAUGAUUGUCCGGAUACAUCGAAAGAACUUCAAGUAAUAUAUACAUGUAGCCCUAGUAAAUAUAUAUUUGGUCCAGUCUUCAAAAAUUUUAAUGCGACUGGCUUCGAUAUUAUUCGAGGUAAGUUUAAGUUCCAUGUUUGA